AUGUUCUCCAAGAUCUUCUCUCUCACCACUUUGGUGGCCGCGGCCUCCGCAUACACCGUCCUUACCCCAACUCUCAACUCCACCGUUGCAAAGGGUAAAUCCACCAGUGUGACCUGGUCCUCCGUCGAUACUGAUGCAUCCCAAUUCUCCAUCUACCUCGUCAACUUCAAAGACUGGCCUCCUACCGUCAUCUCCCUCGCUCAAAAUGUUCCACAAUCCGCGAAGAGCGUCGAUGUGACUAUUCCCUGUGACGUGAGCAGUGAUUAUGGAUGGCAACUCAACUUCAUCAACGGAACCAAUACCUAUGUCAUCUACGCCCAGUCCAAUGCCUUUUCUCUUACCGGAUCAUGCGUUGACCCCACUACCUCUUCCUCUGUUUCCGUCGCUACCACCACUGCGUACGCGACCAAGAACUCAACUGUUACCGCCUUCUCUACUGCCACCACAACCGCCAUCUCCAAAGUUAUCGAGACUGUAACCUUCACCAACCCCAUCGUCUGGUUCGUCCAACCUACUUCCAUCGGUUCCAUGUGCGCCCCACCAAAGACCGUAACAGUCUAUGCCGAUGGACCUGCCCCAACCGAUUGCAGCUCUGGCUCUGGUCCCUCGGGAUCUCCAUCAGGAGGUCAUGGCUCUGGCUCUGGCUCUGGCUCUGGCUCUGGCUCUGGCUCUGGCUCUGGCUCUGGCUCUGGCUCUGGCUCUGGCUCUGGCUCUGGCUCUGGCUCUGGCUCUGGCUCUGGCUCUGGCUCUGGCUCUGGUUCCGGUUCUGGUUCCGGCUCUGGUUCUCCAGGAACAUAUAGUAACUCCACUACCGGUACCAGCAAACCAAGCUAUAGCGUCCUUCCAUCGGGUACUGGUUCCGGACCAAAGAGCACAAGCACAGCUACCACACCUGUCUUCACUGGUGCAGCGACGUCUGUUCAAGCUGGUUCAAUGCUUGCUUUGAUUGCUGGUGCAGCAGUUCUUUUGUUGUAG